AUGCCUUCCAUAAAAACUCUUUUGCGCAACGUCGCAUCCAAAUUCAAAUCCAAAGUCUCAAAGUCGACGCAAAAAGACCCUCCACCUUCGGUUUCCGAUGAAGCAUCAACACUCAAUGUCACCAUGGUCAAUGAUUCCUCGAAUUUUGAUCAUUGCUUCUCUCCAACUCCACAGUCAGCCCCAGCUAUAGUUGACUCCGACUCUUUCGAUGGCCGCGACAAUAAAACCGCACUUGACGACACACCAAAAAGCCCCUCAAUGUCGCUUCCAACAUCGAUUGUCCCAGAACCUUCCGAAGACACUUUAGAAGGUUUACGACAAUGUGCCGAGUUUAUCAAUUCUGUGUCCUCUGAUCUUUCGCCUGCUCCGGAGUCGAUAAAAUCUUCUGGCUCCGAGAUCCUUCGGGGUUCGGGUUCUACCUGCGACUGGGACGAUCAAGAGCCGUUUGUGACAUACAAGCAUAAGAUCAUUCAGUUAUGUCAUGAUCUUGGUCUCGGUGAGCCCUCGAAAGUUGAGCGUAUGAGAGGAGGUAGUUUCAAUAGAGUCGUCUGUCUUUCACUUCCUUCCAAAGACAAUCAGGACCAUGUUCUUCGCAUUCCUCGAAAUCUUGAUACGAAUGAAAGCACUAGAGAUCAGGUUGCAGUUCUACAUUAUCUCGCCCCAUUGAUGCUAGUUCCCGCUGUUGUGGCCUUUGAUUCCACCUCAGACAAUGUCAUUGGUCGUCCAUAUAUCCUUCAAGAAAAGCUCAAGGGAGUUAACGCUGGAUCAGUUUAUUACGACUUGCCUUCUGAUGAGAAAAUGCAAUUCGUCAAAUUACUUGCUGAUAUCGUUAAGAAGUUGAAUACUUUCAAGAUCGAUCGACCAGGACAACUUGUUGCAGGGCCUUCCAUUCCUUCUAUCUCUCAUGAGCCGCUCACCAUCCCAACUGAUAUUGAAGUCACCGGCUACCGCUUCAGCCAGCAUGAUGCAUUAGAAGUCAUGUCCAGCCAGAACAAGCAACCACUAUCAUCACUUUUGGACUCUAUCUUUGAAGAACGCAAAAAAGCCGAUGAGGACUUCAUGGGUCUCCAGUGGAACUCACUUCAGAAAAUCACAAAAGAAAUGAAAACUGCCGGGUUGUUCUCAAACACAGACACCGAUUGUGUUGUAUGGCAUUGGGAUCUUGCAUUUAGAAACAUCAUGGUUGAAAAGCAAUCAAAUGGACAAUGGGCUUUAACUGGUAUCCUGGAUUGGGAUGGGCUCUUGUCUGCACCGUCCGUUAUGACUAGAGCUCCACCUGUCUGGCUAUGGAUUGAAGAAAAUGACCGCUCAAGCAAAUGGCAUGAGGGUCUAGGCAACAAUGAUAUUCAGCCAGCUCGGGAAUUGACUAUGGAAGAGCUUGUCCUUAAAUCUUCUUUUGAGCAGAUUUUACAACGAGCAGACCAGAAUUAUAUGGCGGAUGCUUAUGGCCGAGGUGUAUGGAUUCGACGACUUGUUAAAUUUGCUCUCGAGGGAUUUGCUCAAAGCAGUCAUUAUAUUAUGUUGAAAGUGUUAGUUCACGAUGAUGAGAAUGGAUCGGAUGGACCAGAAGAUGAUGAGAACGGAUCGGAUGGACCAGACGAUGAUGAGAAGCUUGCAUCCUCCAGUGUCACAUAUCGUUCAAACCACUCCAAUCAAUCAAGCGCUUCGUCAACCUACGAAUUUGCACAGGAAUCGUUUGAAACAUACAAGUUGAAAGUUGCUCAGCUUUGUCAGAACAUCGGAUUCGGUUCUCCAUCGAAGGUAGAGCGAAUGGGCGGUGGAAGCUAUAAUCGAGUCAUCGGACUCACAUUUCCGGGACAGUCUGAAGAUCGAAAUUUUGUUCUCCGUAUUCCACGCUCUCCAUAUGAAGAUCAUGAAUUGCAUAAAAUACGCGAUCAGGUCGCCACACUCUUGUUUCUCAAACGAUUCGACUUUCUCUGUGUGCCAACAAUCGCAGCUAUCGAUACCACCGAGGACAAUGUUAUUGCAUCUCAGUUCGUUCUGCAAGAAAAAAUCACCGGGCAGCCUCUCUCGGAUGUUUUCCCCACUCUUCCGCUCGCUGAAAAGCUCGAACUCACGACUCUCGUAACCCGACUCUUGAUUAAAAUGGAGGACAUCACCUUUGAAGAUCCCGGUGUACUUUCUGGUGCGCAGCUCUUGCCAUGGGUUUCCACAUCUAUUCACCAAUCGAAUUCCCCACCAGUAAUUUCAGGCUUUAGUAUUAACCCUAUGCACGUCGCCUCGCCUCUCAGAAAGCAAGGUCUUGGAUCUUUGCUUUUCAACAUGCUCAGCGACCAGAAGAAAACUUAUACUUCCGGAUAUUCGGUUGUAUUAUGGAGCAGACUUCUAGAUGCGCUAAAGCAGAUGGAGCAGGCUGGAUUCUUCAAAGAUUCCGACUCGAGAAACAUCUUGUGGAACUGGGAUAUCUGCUCUCGACAUAUCUUCGUUGAACGAGACAAUUCUCCAACCCCCAUUGUCCCCUUUUCAAACUCAAUAUCGAACACCACACAGCCACUCAACCCUGAUGAUUUGGGUAACAAAAGCACUGAAAGUGAGGCUGAUAUUCAGGGUGAAGCUUCUCAAACUCUUGAUAGUCGAACUCAAAUUGCAAGUGGUGGGUGGAAGAUCACUGGAACCAUCGACUGGGAUGAUGCCCUGUCAGUCCCACACGUCAUCACUAGGGUCCCGAGAACGUGGCUCUGGUUUGACGACAAUGAACGCAGUAAAUUUUGGGAUGGAGACCGCGAAACUCCUCCUGAACGAGCACUCGCCGAAGAUGAACUCGCAAUAAAGAAUCACUUUGAUGAGAUCAUGCAACAAGCCGAUCCCAACUAUAUGGAUGAUACCUAUUUCAGAGGUGUUUGGAUUCGUCGAUUGUUUAAGUUUACGCAAACCGGGCUUUGUUAUACUCACGAUUUUCAGAGAGGUGAUCAAUUUGUGAAGGACUGGAAAAGUUACUUCGAUAAUCAUGUCUUAAUGACACCGGAUAAAAGUGUAGCAGAUGAAGCUGAUUGUAAAUCGGAGGAAGGGUCUGAGUAA